UAUAUGCUCUCUUUCAAGCACUUGAAAUUUUAUCUCAACAAAAUCAUUUUCAGCCACAAAAACAUUCUUCUCAUAUUCUCUUUAUUUUCAAAGCUUUAGAUACAAUGAUCAAGUUUGCAACAAGCAAAUUUAUAACCAUUUGUAUAAUUUUUCUUCUUCAACAAAGCUUAGUUUGUUCAGAAUGUAGCUGUGAAAAUGAAGAACAAGAUUCUAAUCAUAAAGUAUCUGAGGCAUUGAAAUACAAAAUAAUUGCUAUGGCAACAGUUUCGGUUUCUAGCUUAAUUGGUGUGUGUAUUCCAAUCUUUGCAAAAAGAAUUUCAUAUUUAAAUCCGGAGAAUGAUUUUUAUUUCUUGAUUAAAGCAUUUGCAGCUGGAGUGAUUUUAGCGACCGGGUUCAUACACAUACUUCCCGAUGCUUUCGAGGCCUUAUCGAGUCCUUGUAUAGGCGAAAAGCCGUGGAAACUGUUUCCUUUCUCGAGUUUUGUUACAAUGGUGACAGCCAUUGGAACAUUAAUUAUGGAAGCUUUGAUUAUUGGAUACAAAAAGAGAUCUGAAAUGAAAAAACCUCAACCAUUGGCUGAGGAUGUUGAAAUUCAUGAAGCUAAUGAUAAUAGUAAUCAUGUUCAUAACUUCGAACUUGCAUCCGAUAAAUUAGAUUCAACAAAUCGUCUUCGGUAUAUCAUAGUUUCUCAGAUUUUGGAGCUAGGUAUUGUGUUGCAUUCAGUCAUUUUAGGGAUAUCUCUUGGUGUGUCAAGAAGUGCUAAAACAAUCAAACCUUUAGUGGCUGUAUUAACAAUUCAUCAAUGCUUUGAAGGAAUAGGACUUGGUGGCUGCAUUUCUCAGGCACAAUUCAAAUAUUCUAAGGUUGCAAUCAUGGUACUAUUCUUUUGUCUAAUUUUUCCAAUUGGAAUUGGAAUUGGCAUUGGAAUAUCAGAUAUCUACAAUGCAAAUAGUCCAAAGGCAUUAAUAAUUGAAGGGUUUCUUCUAUCAGCAUCUGCAGGGGUUCUUAUUAACAUGGCACUUGUUGAUCUUAUUGCUGCUGAUUUCUUGAACUCAAAAAUGCUAAGAAGUUUUAGGCUACAACUUGGUGCAAGUUUAGCACUUUUUGUUGGGUUGAUUUGUAUGUCAAUUUUGGCAAUAAUGGAAAAUUUCUAGCCAAGAAUAGUUGUAAGAUUUAUAAGUCUUACAUCAUUUUAAUAAGAAAAUUUAUGAAUUUU